CGGUUUUUCACAACAAGCCUCUUUAAAAAACCAAAAAGUUUUUCAACAGCAACAACAACAACAUGGCUCAUUUAGAAAAGGCUGUCGUCAUCGAAGAUGAUGUAAAUCACGAACAACAACAAACCGAAGAAGAAUUCGACUCUGCUGACUGGGCUGUUAGUACCAAGAAACAAAGAGGAGGUAGAAAACAAAAAGGUGUAGCACCAACAUCAGUUCAAAAUACAGUUUUUGGUUCUUCUAUGACUAAGAAGAAACCAACAACCACUACCACUACCUCUACUACUUCAUCAUUUAGCGGAAAUUUGAAGAAGAAGACACCAACCGAUAAGAAAUCAACAUUCUCUACCGAUAAAACCAUUCAUCCACCUCACUACACACACGAAAGAAGCGUUGAAAUACCAGCUAGAGUUGAUCCACGUUUCCUUGUCGGAGAAAAGGGUUCUUUCUCUAAUGAGGUCAAAAAACAAACUGGUAUUACUUGGUAUAGCGUCAAGAAUAUGAAAGUUGUCAUUGGUGGUGCUUCCGAGGAAAGUGUUGCCAAGGCUGAAGAAUUAGUUAUUGGUAGAUUGAACACUUUCUCCAUGACUCACUUCUCUGAAACUUUCAGUACUUUGGUCAUUCCAGAACUUAAAGAACAAUUAGAUUCUGAAGAUUCUGAAAUUGAAAAUAUUGGUACUGAAUAUGAUAUUGUCUUGAAGCCAUUCACUUCAUUGGCUGUUUACUCAAGUCAACCAAACCACACUUUCAAGAGAAUGGUUUUGAAGAAGGAAGGUGAUGCCGAAGAAGUUACUGAGGAUAAACAAAGCACUGCCACUGAUCUCCAAGCAUCCGUCAUGAAUGAUGCUCAUGAUGUUGAAGCUAAUGCCAGUGGUGAACACAACACACAUCACAAGGAAAUGACUUUGAUGAAUGAACAUACAAAGGCUGACAUGUUAGAAAAAAUCGCUCACAAACUUGUUGAUAUUGAAAUGAGAAAGAAUGAUUCUGAAAUUUUGAGUGUUAAAGCUUUAUACGGACAAUUAUUGGCUUUCAAAUCUACUAAGGAUUCUUUGAAGAUUUUUGAAUUGUUGGAAUUGAAGCACGGAAGAGAUGUUAAAUAUCAUUUUAACAGAAUUGUUGAAGGUUCAUUCUAUGAAAAGUUGAAGAGUAAUCUUAAAUACAUUCCUGAUGAAGAUGCUACCAUUGUUGCUAUUUACUUUGGAAAGCAAGUUGAAAAGGAAGAAGAUGGUCAACAAGUUAUGGCUGAAAAGAAUGAAACUAUCACCUUUGAAGUUAACAAGUCAACAGGAAAGUUGGAACAAAUCAAGAAGAACGAACACACUAGGAAUUAUUACACUUUGAACUAUGUUACUCCAAUAACCAAGGGACGAACAGAAUUGAACGAUUUCAAGAUUACCAUUGCUAGUUAUGUUCCAAAUGAAGUUGAACAAGACGAAAAGAAGGCAGAAAUUGAUUCAUUCUUGAGUGGAUGUAUUAAUACUUGGGAUAACCAAAAUAAUACUCUCAAUACUGAAUUGUUGAAGAACCCACCAAGCCCUUACAGAUUCAAGGGAACUAUUGUCAAGUUCAAGAAACACUACCACUCUGAAGAUGGUGCUAUCAAGGUUACUCUCCACGAAAUUCACGAUCUUGAUACUAAGGCUAUCAACUAUGAAGUUGUUGUUGUCAGUGAAGAACUUUACAGAUACUUGGAUGACAAGGAACUGAAGCCAGCUGACAAGAAGAAGAAGUAUAAGGAAAGUCUCGAAAAGUUGACUGACUGGUUGUUCACAAACCAAUAAAUUUACACAACUGCUUGAGUGUUUAA